AUGGCCGACACCAGUCGAGGACUAUCCAUCCCAGUCAAGAUCAAGCUCGCUACACUUGCUGCGCGGGCUGUGAUCGCGCUGGUCAAGGCCGUGGCGGGAGCAGCAAAAGCAAGAACAAACUCAACCACACACAUCGACUUACCGACUCGGGCGCCACAGACGGCAGUGCAGCAUCCCGAUCAGCAUCUCGAGAAGACUUCUGCUCCUUCUACUCGUGCCCACCAACGCGAUGCUCCUCCACCCAGUCAAGACAUGGCGGCCCAGACCGAGUCCCCGCUUCUUGCACUCCCACCAGAGAUUCGCAAUCAUAUCUAUGAGCUUGCACUCUGCAGAACGACGAUCCUUCCUCAAAUUGUCCGCAGCACAUCAGUCAACCACGGUCCAUGGACUUACUACGGCCGCGACGGCAAGAAGGUCGCCAUCCCCCAGCCUAGUAUGCUCCUGACAUGCAAACAAAUAUACAACGAAGCAUACCAGCUCUGUUACGCCAACACGACAUGGGAGGUAACGGACAAAGCUUCGCUGGAGUCAUGGCCCUUUCUCCUCGGCCAGCAGCAGGUUGUGUUGUUCCGGGGCAUCCGCUUCGCAAAGGGCAAUGCUCAGCGCUAUUGUGCAUGCUGCCGUGCAGAUCACGCCACGAAGACCUUCAAGCGGCACUGUAAGGUCGUGGAGGGGAUCAAGGCUGAGGCGGGAUGCAUUCAAGGUGCAAACGGUGCGGACUGGAGAGCGGUGGAUUCAGGCUGUGGAGAUGAUGGAUGA